GGAGGCACUCUUGGUUCUCCUAACUGGGCAGACGGCAGUGGUACUGCCGCUUUGGACGGCUGGAGGAGCAGUGGUACCGGCCCGAGAGCAGGGAGGGGCGGGCACAUGGGUCUCGCUUUGCUGUGUCGUGUGUGGUGAGUGUAUGUGUCGUCCACGUCCACGUGCAGCUGUUGGCUGGGAAGCAGUGAGGGGGAGGCCCCCUCCGGAGCUGGGACACCCAAGUGCAGGUUCAGGGAAGAGAGCGUGGAGGCGGCUGAGGGAGAGGCAGCCUGUGGAGCCCGGGCUGAAGGGCCUGGGCUGGGGGCUGGUGGGCAGUCCCGUGUCCUUGACCCUGGCACGCGAGCACGAGCAGGUACUGUGUGCAGGCCAGACACUGCUGUGGGUCGCUGCACAAAGGGUCCUGUGUGGUGGGCACUGUGGUCCCCAUUUCAUAGAUGAGAAAACCUGGGAGCCCAAAAUGUGUACAAAUGACAGGAAGCUCACUGAGGCCUCAGCAGCUGAUGGAAUGUCUUGGCUCAAAUGCCUCCAAGUUGGUCUAGGGUUUGGUGGGCUUCAGAGAUCCAUGGGUUUGGGGAGAGUAUUGGCCAAGGCCCCAGCUCUGCUCUGGUUGCAGUUCUUCCUCCCUCUCUCCCUCUCUCUCUUUCUUUCCUGCGUGGUUGUUCGUUGCUGCGUGUGGGCUUUGUCUAGUUGCCGUGAGCGGGGGCUUCUCUUUGUUGCUGUGUGCGGGCUUCUCAUUGCCGUGGCUUCCCUUGUUGUGGAGCACAGGCUCUAGGCACACUGGCUUCAGUAGUUGCAGCACGUGGGCUCAGUAGUUGUGCCUCAUGGGCUUAGUUGCUCUGCGGCAUGUGGGAUCUUCCCGGACCAGGGCUCAAACCCGUCUCCCUGCAUUGACAGGUGCAUUCUUAACCCCUGUGCCACCAGGGAAGCCCUGGAUGCAGUUCUUAACCACAGUCCAUUCUUCACUGUCUCCCCUGGGCCUCAGGCGCCCACACGGCAGGGUUCUGGGUGGGAGAGCCUCCGGUUUCCCCUUGGGUGGGCUCUGCCCUCUCCAAGGCCAGCUGGAGUCAGGCUGCGGCCUGCCUGGACCGGCUCUCCUGGCCUUGUCGCUGGACACUAGAGGGCGUUUCAGGCAGCAGCUGGAUGCAUCUUUGGGCUGAACGGGGGCCCAGGCCUUUCCCAGGAACAGCAGGCCUGCCAGGACUCUCUGUGGCCACUGGCCUGGGGAGGGAGCUGAGACCACAAGCACAGCAAGGUAGUAAACGGUAGUAGACAGUGGGUCCUCUGUGGGGUCCCAGUGGACCCUGCAGCCACCAGGCUCCAGGUGAGACACCAGGAAGCACUUCUGGACAGUUAGGGUCUGGAGACCAGAUCGAUAGCCCCGGGAGGGACCUGGAUGGGCCGCAGGUUCGGCCGCUUCCAACGUUGGAGGCCGGUUGGCCACCGGGGGCGCCCGAGGACGGCUGGCGCUCUAGCCCUCCCGCCCGCGUUCUCUAUGGCUGCCGCGUCUCGGGGCUGCGCGACCAUCCCGAGCGCUGCGCCGGCUCCGCCGUGGAGGAGGCCUGCAGUUCUUCGGGGUUCUGACGCCCCCAGGACCCGAGGGCGCGGUGCGGAUGCCAGCCUGUCCAAUCCUGCCGCAGCCCCGGAGCCAUGCCGCUGUGUGACCCCUGACCCCAUCCCGCCCGGACCGGACACCCCUCGGAACCACCCUGCCCCCACUCUGGACUGCGCAUCCCAUCCCGGCAGGCCUUGGACCCAGCCCAGCGCCCCGGCUCCUGGCCAUGCAUGGGAAGCUGCUGCCGCUGGCCGGCCUCUACCUGGUGCAGGGCCUGCCCUAUGGGCUGCAGUCCGGCCUGCUGCCCGUGCUGCUGCGGGCCCGCGGCCUCUCCCUGACACGUGUGGGACUGGCCAAGGCGCUGUAUGCGCCGUGGCUGUUCAAGCUCGUGUGGGCCCCGCUGGUGGACACACGGGGCUCCCCAAGGGCCUGGCUGACGCUCAGCACCGCUGCUCUGGGUCUGGUGUGUGGGCUGCUGGCAGCCCUGCCUCCCGCCGAAGCUGGCCAGGCCGGUCUGCCUGUCACAGUGGCGGGGCUGCUGCUGCUGCUGAACCUGGCUGCGGCUGUACAGGAUGUGGCCCUGGACGUGCUGGCUGUGCGGCUCUUGGAGCCGGCCGAGCUGGGGCCUGGCAACACCGUGCAGGUGGUUGCUUACAAGCUUGGGGCGGUGCUGGCUGGGGGUGGGCUGCUGGCCUUGGUGCCCACCCUUUCCUGGCAGCUGCUCUUUCUGCUCCUGGCUGCCACCUAUUGGCUGGCUGCUGCCUUGGCCUGGGUUGCGCCAGCCCUGCGCCAGCUUCCUACACCUCCACCCACAGAACAGCCCCAACACACCCUGCACCUCUGGCAGGACUUGCUGGCCGUGCCUGGGACCCUGUGGACAGCAGGCUUCGUGCUCACCUACAAGCUGGGUGAGCAGGGCGCCAGCAGCCUGUUCCCGCUGCUCUUGCUGGACUGCGGCAUCUCUACCCCACAACUGGGCCUGUGGAAUGGUGUGGGCGCCGUGGUCUGCUCCAUUGCUGGCUCAUCCCUGGGUGGGGCCCUGCUGACCAGGCACCGGCAGCCACUGCCCUUGUUGAAGUCAGUGCUUCAGUUCCGUCUUGGGGGCCUGGCCUGCCAGACUGCCCUGCUCUUUCACCUGGAUGGCCCUGGGGCCACCCUGGCCCCAGGCACGGUCCUGAGUGGUGAGGGGUGGGCCACAGGGGAGAGGAGCCUGGAGUCCUGGGACUGGCUGACCUCAGCCCUCCCAGGGGUGAGCCUUUGUCUGCAGCACUUCCUGGGGGGCCUGGUCACAACCAGCACCUUCACCCUGAUGAUGCGUUGCAGCCAGUUGGCACCCAGUGCCCUGCAGGCCACACACUACAGUCUCCUGGCCACUCUGGAGCUGCUGGGGAAGCUGCUGGUGGGCACGCUGGCUGGAGCCCUGGUGGACAACCUGGGGCCGCGCCUCUGCUUCUUCCUCUUUCUUGCUCUCUCAGCCGCACCCAUGCUGUACCUGGCCUGGCAUCCAGCACGCUGGCCUGAGCCGGGUGGCCGGACUUGUCAAUAAAAUGGCGUGUGGGACGUC